CAGAAAGUCGUUACUCCUUAAACGGACUAGGAAUCAUUGCGCUGCAAAGUUAAAAACAGUUGAGAGUCUAGAAUGGCCGGGCCAAAUCCAUUUGCCAAGUUCCAAAAGUCUUUCAAUCAGGCGGGCACCUUAUACAAAUAUUUCGAUUUGGCUUCUAUUGAUAACAAAUACAAACACCUGCCCUAUUCCAUUCGUGUCCUCUUGGAGUCGGCCGUGCGCAAUUGUGAUAACUUCCAUGUUUUGGAGAAAGAUGUUCUGAGCAUCUUGAACUGGUCCCCGGAAAUCAAGCAAGGGUCUAAUGAUGUGGAGGUGUACUUUAAGCCGGUCCGCGUAGUUUUUCACGACUACACUGGUGUCCCUGCCAUGGUAGACAUUGCUGCCAUGCGCGAUGCUGUCUUGAAACUGGGUGGUGAUCCUGUGAAAGUAAAUCCGGUCUGCCCCUCCGUAAUGGUCAUCGAUCACUCUUUGCCGGUUGAAUUUCAUCGUUCUGCUGAUGCCAUGGCCAAGAACUUGGCUGUGGAGUUUCAAAGGAACAAGGAGCGUUUUACUUUCUUGAAGUGGGCUGCCAAAGCUUUCGAUAACAUGUUGUGUGUUCCCCCUGGCUCUGGCAUUAUCCAUCAAAUUAACUUGGAGUACCUUGCCCAUGUUGUCGUCGAGUUGGAUAACAAGGAUGGAUCGAAGACCCUGUUUCCAGAUAGUGUUGUGGGCACUGAUUCCCACACCACGAUGAUCAAUGGACUAGGAGUUCUUGGUUGGGGAGUGGGAGGAAUCGAGGCGGAAGCUGUGAUGUUGGGUCAGUCCAUUUCUAUGGUGUUGCCCGAGGUUAUCGGAUAUAAGCUGGAGGGAAAACUCAACCCACUGGUAACAUCCACCGAUUUGGUCCUGACCAUCACCAAGCACCUUCGUGAGUUGGGAGUGGUGGGCAAGUUCGUGGAGUUCUAUGGUCCAGGAGUGUCGGAACUCAGCAUUGCCGAUAGGGCCACUAUCAGUAACAUGUGUCCCGAGUACGGAGCCACCAUUGGCUACUUCCCCGUGGAUGAGAAUACCCUUAGUUACUUGAAGAUGUCCAACCGCUCGGAGAAGAAGAUAUCAAUCAUUCGGGAGUAUUUGAAGGCUACAGGACAGUUUCGCAACUUCGAUAACGAAGAAGAGGAUCCGAAGUUCACACAGAUUUCCUCAUUAGACCUUUCUACUGUGGUAUCUUCAGUUUCUGGACCCAAGAGACCCCACGAUCGCGUUUCCGUCUCAGAUAUGGCGACAGAUUUCAAGUCUUGCCUAUCUAGUCCAGUUGGAUUUAAGGGCUUUGCAAUUACUCCAGAGGCACUUACCGAUGUUGGAGAAUUGCAUUGGGAAGAUGGCAAGACCUAUAAGCUGUAUCAUGGUUCCGUAGUCCUGGCGGCCAUUACAUCCUGCACAAAUACUUCCAAUCCCUCGGUGAUGUUGGGUGCUGGUCUCCUGGCCAAGAAGGCAGUGGAAAAGGGUCUCGAUGUUUUGCCCUACAUCAAGACUUCCCUAUCGCCUGGUUCUGGAGUGGUAUCCUAUUACCUGGAACAAUCCGGUGUCAUUCCGUAUCUUGAAAAGCUGGGAUUCAACAUCGUGGGCUAUGGCUGUAUGACAUGCAUUGGCAAUUCUGGACCUCUCCACGAAAAGGUGGUAAAUGCCAUUGAGGACAAUAAUCUGGUUUGCGCAGGAGUUCUCUCGGGAAACCGAAACUUCGAGGGUCGCAUCCAUCCAAACACCCGGGCGAACUACCUGGCCAGUCCUCUCUUGGUCAUCGCAUACGCCAUUGCUGGUCGUGUUGAUAUUGACUUCGAAAAGGAACCUCUGGGCGUAGAUGCCAAUGGAAAGAACGUGUUCCUGCGCGAUAUCUGGCCAACUAGAUCGGAGAUCCAGACGGUUGAAAGCAAAUACAUCUUACCUGCCAUAUAUCAGGAUACCUACAGCAAGAUUGAGCUGGGCACUCCGGAGUGGCAGUCGUUGCACAUACCGGAUGGGAAGCUAUUCUCUUGGGAUCCCGAGUCCACCUACAUAAAGCAGGUUCCCUUCUUCGACGGAAUGACUCGUGAGGUUCUCAAACUGAAGGGCAUCGAGAACGCCCGCUGUCUGUUGUUGCUGGGCGACUUCACCACCACGGAUCACAUGUCUCCGGCUGGAGCGAUAGCCAGGAACUCGCCAGCAGCCCGCUACCUCUCCGAUCACAAUGUAACACCCCGGGAUUUCAACACAUAUGGCACACGUCGUGGUCACGAUGGAGUCAUGGCCAGGGGGGCUUUCGGAAACAUUCGUCUGGUCAAUAAGCUAAUCUCAAAGACUGGACCGCAGACCCUACACAUUCCCAGCGACGAGGUGCUGGACAUCUUUGAUGCCGCCCAGAGGUAUCGCGAGGAGGGUACUCCAUUGGUUCUGUUGGCCGGCAAGGAUUACGGCAGUGGCAGCUCUCGAGAUUGGGCCGCCAAGGGUCCGUACUUGUUGGGUAUUAAGGCCAUCAUUGCGGAGUCUUACGAGCGCAUCCAUAGAUCCAACCUGGUGGGCAUGGGCAUUAUUCCCCUGCAGUUCCUGCCUGGUCAAAGUCCUGAGACCUUGAAACUAAGUGGUCGCGAGGUUUACAACAUUAUUCUGCCGGAAAGCGACUUAAAACCGGGCCAGAAAAUCAAGGUUAAGGCUGAUGAAACUGUCUUUGAGGCUAUUCUACGUUUUGAUACCGAUGUGGACAUCGCAUAUUACAGGAGCGGUGGUAUUCUUCAAUACAUGGUUCGAAAGAUGUUGGCCUAA